CGUCCGGAGAAGGAGGUCGCUGUUGCCUCGAGGAUCCGAGCGCCCCCCUCGGGCGCCUCUCUCCGCCUUUUGUUCCCAGACCGCGCGCGCGUCACCGGCUUAGCGGCUGGGCGGAGAAAGCAGAAGAGGGGAGGCAGGCGGAGGAGCUUGUUGCUGCUGCUGCUUUCGGCGAAGGAAGCACCGUCGCGGCGUGGCGGCAGCAGCGGUUUAGCGGCCAGCCUGACCCUGUUUCGCUCCGGAGAGACCUGUCUGGGGAGCGCGCAGCUCCGGAGAGAAGACGGAGCGGGUUUCCUCGGGCGCGAGGAUGAGAAGCGACUGUGGCCCCAGAGCGCUCCGGGGCCCCCAGUGAGGAACCGGCAGCGCGCCUACAGCCCGCCGGGGAUGGCAGCGCCGGCUGAGGCGGAGUCCAGCCAGCCCCUCGCCUCGGCUCCAGCGCCGCCGCCGCCGCCGCCUCCCGAGAAGAAGAAGCUCCAGCGAGCGCCGUCCCCGGCCAGACCCAAGGAUGUCCCCGGCUGGUCGCUGGCCAAGAGCCGUCGCGGCAGCCACCCGGGCUCGCCCGCCUCGUUCUCCUCCGGGAAGCCGGGCGCGGGGGGCGGGCACUCGCGCCGGGCUGGGGGCGCCAAGGAUGGCCGCGGCGACAAGAAGGGCAAGGCCACGCCGCCGGCGGGGGCCAGGGGCGCCGGGAAGGGCUCGGCAGGCCGCGCCGGGGCCCGAAUGAAGGGGCGGAACCGCCUGGCCGCGGCGGGGGGCGAGGGGGCCGCGACCUCCGGCGGCUCCGCCAAAGGGUCGUCGCCGCGCCCUCAGCUGCCGCUCGCCCUCACGGACAGCAGCUCGGAGGUGUCGGACUGCAGCGCCUCGGAGGAGGCCAAGCUGCUGUCGCUGCUGGAGCUGGGCGGGCUGAGCGGCGGCGGCGGCAGCGACACCGAGUCGCCCCCGAGCAGCAGCGCCCCGGCCCAGCCCGCCAGCGCCUCCGCCGACGGCGCGUCCCCGCUGCCCGAGGACCCGUCGACGGCCGCCUCGCUGGCCAGCAGCCGCCUGCCUCUCAGCGCCUCGCUGGCCUUCUCCGACCUCACCGAGGAGCUGCUGGACGCGGGCGUCGCCCGGGAGCUGGAGGAACUGCGCUCCGAGAACGACUAUCUCAAGGAUGAGAUUGAGGAAUUGAGGGCUGAGAUGCUGGAGAUGAGAGAUGCCUACAUGGAAGAAGAUGUCUACCAGCUACAGGAGCUCCGGCAGCAACUGGACCAAGCCAGUAAGACCUGCCGCAUCUUGCAAUACCGUCUGCGAAAGGCAGAGCGGCGCAGCCUUCGUGUGGCACAGACUGGCCAGGUGGAUGGAGAGCUCAUCCACGGCCUUGAACAAGACGUCAAGGUAGCCAAAGAUGUCUCUGUGAGGCUCCAUAAUGAACUGGAGACAGUGGAGAAAAAACGGAUUAAGCUGGAGGAUGAGAAUGAGGACUUGCGCCAACGGCUCAUUGAGAGUGAGUUGGCUAAGCAGGUGCUGCAGAAUGAGAUGGAUAAGUUACGGGAGAAUUCUCUGAAGAAAAGAGGAUCACGUUCUCUUGGGAAGACAGACAAGAAGUCAUCUGUCCAGGAGGACAGCGCAGACCUCAAGUGUCAACUGCAUUUCGCUAAGGAGGAAUCUGCUCUGAUGUGCAAGAAACUGACCAAGUUAGCCAAAGAGAACGACAGUAUGAAGGAGGAGCUGACGAAGUACAGAUCCUUGUAUGGGGACCUGGAGAGCUCCCUCUCCAUAGAGGAACUGGCUGACUCCCCUCAUUCCAGAGAAGCAGAGCUGAAAGUCCACCUGAAGCUUGUAGAGGAAGAAGCCAACAUCUUGAGCCGGAGGAUAGUAGAGCUUGAGGUUGAGAACCGAGGGCUGAGGGCAGAGAUGGAAGACAUGAGGGGCCAAGGAGACAAAGAACUCUUAGGGCAAGACAUCCGGUUUGCCUUCUCCAUGACAAACUGCGGGGACUCUGGGGACAGUGUGGUGGAGCUUAGGCGGCACUUGCAGUUUGUGGAGGAGGAGGCAGAACUGCUGAGGCGCUCGCUGAUGGAGUUGGAGGAGCAGAACAAGCUCCUCAUGAAUGAGCUCAAUAAGUACAAGUCAGACCAUGACCUGGACAUCACUCUGUCUGAGGACAGCUGCUCAGUGAUUAGUGAGACCUCCCAAGAAGAACUGGCCACGGCCAAGGUCCAGAUCAGUGAGCUAAGUGGCAAGGUUAAGAAGCUCCAGUAUGAGAACCGUGUCCUGCUCUCCAACUUGCAGCGCUGUGACCUUGCUUCCUGCCAGACCACUCGGCCCAUGCUGGAGACGGAUGCUGAGGCUGGUGACUCUGCGCAGUGCAUCCCAACGUCGCUUUGGAGAGAGGUGCCCAUUGGGGGAGAGAAUGAUGCCAAGGAGAGAGCACCUGGCAAUGGCUUUAGCAAGUCGCAUGAAAGCAGCCCCUGCAGGCUUCUCAAGUCCAAGGACUUUGAGAGCCUCCUUGACAUCAGGGACCAGGCUGCGCUUGUCAGCAAAGCCAUUGAUGUCCUGAUCUCUGAUGCCAAUGGCUUCACCUCCAGUCUCAAGCUCUGCAUGGACAAUGACUGUGCAGAGCUGGUGCUGAGCGAAGCCAUGGAUAAUGAGAGUAUGACUGACUCUAAGCUGAUCAGUGCCAUUUUGAUGAGGCUUGGGGUCCUUCAGCAGGAGCUAAACACCUUCAUGAGGAAGGUGGACUACAUUGGAGACCACCUGAAAGACCAGAAGGACUCCUUGCCAAGCGCCAGCUCCCAGGAUUCCACAAAAGAGGCUCUGCAGAAAGCUCAUGGCUCUGAAUUCCAGCAGUCUGACUUUAGGGAGCCCCCCGACUGGGACAUCACGGAGAGCAGGACCUCUGAUCUCUACCGCAGUAGCAGCAGCAACAGCACCGCCACCAUGGAUGUGGAUCCCAACAUGGAACUUGACCGGAGCUACAAGUCAUAUCAACCAGAGGAGAAGGACUCCUAUGUGUCUGAGAUCAAAGAAUUGCAACUGGUCCUUUCAGAGGCUAAUGAGAGCUUGAGGGGCCUACAAGAACAGCUCUCCCAGGAGAGGCAACUGAGGAAAGAGGAAGCAGAGAACUUCACCCAGAAAAUCUGCCAGCUGAAGGAAGAUCACCAGAAGGCCCUCUUGAGGCGAGAAUUUGAGCUGCAGAGCCUGAAUCUUCAGAGGAGGCUGGAGCAAAAGUUCUGGAGCCAGGAGAAGAACCUUCUGGUGCAGGAAUCCCAGCAGUUCAAGCAAAAUUUCUUGCUCCUUUUCAUGAAACUCAAGUGGUUUCUGAAGCAUUGGAGGCAGGGAAAGAUCCUACAAAAUGAGGGCAAUGACUUCUUAGAGGUGAACAGCAUGAAAGAACUGUACCUGCUGAUUGAAGAGGAGGAGCUGAACCCCCAGCAGCAAGCAGAUAACAAGAUGUGUAUCAGAGAUACCUGGUCUCAGGACUCGGCCAAUGAGUAUAUCAAGACCCUAUCAGACAUGAAGGUGACCUUGAAGGAGCUGUGCACAGAGUUGCGUGAAGAGAGAAGAGGCAUGAACGAGCUGCAGCAACAGUUUGCCAAGGCUAAGGCGACCUGGGAAAUGGAGAGAACUGAGCUCAAGUGUCUCAUCGCACAGCUGGAAUCCAAGCCUGGGAAAGGCCUGACAGAGCGAGCGCUCUCUGACUGGAAGACAGCUCUGAAGAGGGAGAGGGAGGAGCACCAGCACCUCCUGGCUGAGUCGUACAGCGCCGUCAUGGACCUGACCAAGCAGCUGCAGAUCAGCGAGAAGAACUGGGACCAGGAGAAACUGGAGCUCCUGGACCGAUUCAAGGAUGAACAGCAGCAGGCAGAGCAGCAAGUGAAGGAGCUGCAGAACAAAAUAAAUCAGCUGCAGAAGGGAGCUGAUCUCUGGGCUUUGAAAAACUCUGAAAUGGAGAAGCAUGGCAGUAGCUGGAAAGAGACUCUCAAUGAGAAAAUCACCGACAAAGAAACAGUUUCCGAAACAGACAUGAAAGGAAGCAACUUAAAAAGGACCAAGUCAGUCUCCUCAAUGUCUGAAUUUGAAAGUUUGCUUGAUUGUUCCCCUUAUCUUCCUGGCAAAACCAGUCCCGUCAUCACAGACAACGUCCGCAGCAAAAAGGGCUCUCCAGCUACACAGGUGUUGCCUGACACUUUGAAGGACCCUGCAGGGUUUGCCCCCAAUAACUGUGCCUAUCUGAAUAGUGAGCAGCCCACGCCAGAGAGCCUGACCACAGAGAAGCUGGAUGUCUCGUCAUGCAACUUCACUCAGACAAGCAGCUUCUCUGUGCAGGAUCAGGCCCAGAAACAUGUGCAGAGAAGCUACACUGCUCCCGACAAGACUGGGAUCCGCAUAUAUUAUAGCCCACCGGUGGUACGUAGGUUGGAAUCGCCCCUAGUACACAAGAGAGACGGGAAGAUAAUGGUUGAGCCUGGCUUCCUGUUCACCAUGGCCAAGCCCAAGGAAGAAUCAGACAGCUCCGAAAAUAUGUACAGCCGGUGGCUGUGCAACUUCUCUAAGCAGCACCGAGAGCUGCUUGACAGCAGUACUGUUAGCGAGAAAGCUGUGGCCCCUGUGCCAAGAUUUCCGCCUUCCCUGCAUGACCUUGAGAUCUCUGGCAACAUGAGCGAUGACAUGAAGGAGAUCACCAACUGUGUCCGGCAAGCUAUCCGCUCCAGCUCCCUGGAGAGAAAGGUUAAGAGCACUUCCAGCCAGACAGUGGGAUUGGCCAGUGUUGGUACCCAGACUACCCAGUCUGUCAGCAUCGGUCUGCAGACAGACAUGCCCAGGGGCAGCAUACACAGCAGCAAGAGCUGGUCCCCACGAAGCUCCUCCCUUAUAUCCGUUCGCAGCAAGCAGAUCUCGACCUCUCUGGACAAAGUCCACUCCAGGAUCGAACGGCCCUGUUGCUCCCCCAAGUACGGCUCUCCGAAACUCCAAAGAAGAUCAUCUUCUAAGCUGGACAACUCCAAGGACCGAAGCCUGUGGAACCUCCAUCAGACUAAACAGAAUGGCUCAGCCUGGGCUCGUUCCACCACCACUAGAGACAGCCCAGUUCUCAGCAACAUUAAUGAUGGCCUGUCCAGCUUGUUCAAUGUUGUGGAGCAUUCUGGGAGCACAGAGUCCAUCUGGAAGCCAGGAUGCCAGGAAAGCAAAGCCAAGCCAGAAACUCCUAAGUACGGGAUAGUGCAGGAGUUUUUCCGGAAUGUGUGUGGCAGAACUCAGAGCCCCACUUUGGCUCCAGAGAAAAAAGACCUGGUAGGAGGAGACAACAGCAGCAGCAGCAGCAGCAAGAAGCCAGAGCAUUCCUCCUCAGUUGUGCUCCAGCAGUCGGAAAACGCCCCCAAGGUCCUUGACAAAAAGCCCUUGAAGCAGAGCUGCAGCGAGGAACCAAAGUUGUCCAUCCCAGGCCAAGGUGGCAAGGACAGAGCCUUAAAGGAGCCAGACAUCAUCUCUGCUAUUAUUGCCAAUGAGGACGUUGCCUGUGAUUGCAGCUCCCAGUCGCUGACUUCCUGUUUUGCUCGGCCGUCGCGCUCAGCUGUCCGCCACUCCCCUUCCAGGUGCAAGCUGCACCCUUCUGACGGCAGCCGGGUAGAAGAGAAAGCAGGGCCUCUGAGUGAGUGAGAGGGCUGCGCUUGCUGCCGUGCUGAUGGAAGAGCAACCUAUGCACUGGAACUGCCAGUCCCUCCGGCACCUCUGGGAUUGGCUACUUCUGAGCCAGCUGCAGAUGAGGGGCUCUGCUCUUAGAUACCCAGGGUGACACCAUGCAUCUCCUGUCUCACCUUAGCUCAACAGGGAUACCGGCAGCACAGAGGCUGUGCUACGUGGGCAGGGGACAGAGUGGGAGAGUCUUGCUAGAGGUGUGGUUUCUCGGUCACUGGAAACCUUUCUGUCCCUCCCCCCUCUCAGUAGGAACACGACCUACAAGAGCUGGACGUUGCCAGAGUCUCGUGAAGCAGUCUGUGCUGUUUCCAUGGCAUUGGGUGUGUGUGUGUGAAAGAGAGUGUGUGUGUGUUGCCAGUUCGAGGAGAUGCAUCUCUCUCCUUUGUGAAAAAGGCAUCACAGUGAGGGAUUAAGGAGCGCAGUAUCAACAAAGCUGCUUGGCCCUCCCUGCCUUGGUGGGGGAAGGAAAACAGCAGUCCUUCAGGAAACACUAGACAGCUGGUUUCAAAGCCUUAAGAACUCCUCUCAGAACAGCUGUACUAUAGGAUUUCCCCAGAACGAGGCAUUCAAUAUGGUGUACAGAGAAAGAGGGCGGGGGGAGGGUGCUAGCAAAAUUGCCACCAGGAAGUGCCACCAUAGCAUAAGUGCUCCAGGCCAUUGUGUACAAGUAGAUUGGAAUAGCCCUGGAUUUGCUGUGCAACCAUAUUUGCAUGGAUAGUUUUCCCCAGGUGUGCCCAGCAUACAAUACCAGCACUGGGCCAUGCACCCAGCCUGCACUGUGGUGCACAGUAUGGUCUAUUCAGAGUGCUGACACUCUGAAUAUGGUUUUGCGCUACUGGUUCUCCUGCACCUGACCUGUGGGAAACAGCCAUGCAAGCAUGGUCUGUGUUGCCUUCCUGUCCACGUGCAUAAAACUUCCCAUGAUUACUGAAAUGCAUCAGUAGACCUGGACUUUUUCUUCUUCAGGCCUCUGAUGCCAUCUCCAUGGCUCAGAACAAUUGUUGCUUUGUAUCAGCCUCUGUGCUUGGCUGCUGCGGUGCAGUUGAGCACCAGGAGUUCACAGAAAGAGUAUGCUGAGUCCUCCAUGUCUACAAUUCCAGUCUGUUUCCAUUUCUCCGCACCCCACACAGUGGGUAUCUGUAGCUAUUCCUAAGGAGAGUUGCUUCUGUCAUUUGUUGUUGCUUGUUUUUCAACUGGAAAUCUCAAAGCCCUUUGUGAUUAACUUGCCUCUGUAAGAAUAGUUUAACAGAGAGGAAAUUGCUUGAGUGCAGAGGUGAACAAGCACAGAGCCCAUAGAAUGAAAAUACAGAUGAGACAGUGAAUGGGUAGAAGAGGUACCAUCUUUUCAGUGCUGCAGAAUAUUCCAAGUUCCACGGGAGGCAGGGGGUUGUGUGCCUGCUGCAUAUCUCAGGGCAGAGCUUCUCCUAUGUCACACUCUCCAAUGGUCGCUGCCAGUGCUCUACUAAAUAUUUUGAUGGUUGCUAGUUCCUGUGAGUCAACCCUGUUCUAGAGAAAAGGUAUUAAUGGGGAUCCUCCAGCAUCCAGUGUAGUGCAUUAUCUGCUCAAACAAACAACUUUCAGGGCUCCAGCAAAGGAUCUCUCUUUUCAUUGCCUCUUCUGCUUUGCUGAGGGAUUUGGGGAGCAGGAAAGUUUUGCUUCUCCCCACCUUCAGAUUCAGUAGCACAGAUUUGUGUGUAUUGCAGCUCUUUGUAGCUCACACUUCUGCAGGGAUGUGAUCUGAAAGGUAGGACAAUAUGCGAGAGCAAGCCCUGGCUUCCUUGUAAGUACCCUUCCAGAGAGAGCUGGCUCUUCAGGAACUGUACCACUUGAGACUGCAGCUGGGGGAUCAGAAGUUAGAGUGGUUGUCCAUGUAAAAGAGAAAAAGCAACUCAAAUCUCCCUGCCAGUAGAAAACUUGAAUGUCAGGCAGAAUAAUCAGCUAGAACACACUCUACCUCUGACAUGUCUGCUUUCCAUAGGCAGGACACAUGAUGUGAGCAAUUGUUUAAACUAGCCACGUCACCCACUCGUGAAGUGGUAUAAUCACAUGGAAGGGCUGUGCACUAUGUGGCUUUUAGUUUUUGUUUAAAAAUAUACAUCAGCCUUCAGAGAGGAUUCGGGAGGAAUAGUCUUUAGAGGUGCAGUAGAACCUGACUGAUCCAUAUCAGAAGCUCAGUGGGUCAGUUUUUUGUUGUUAUUAUUAUUAUUAUAAAACAGCAGGUCGUCCUUAUAGUCUGCAGAGAAGAUUAUCACAGCCGCCUCUAUCGGUGAGAUUAAAAAAGAGGCUUGGAAAGCUGAAAUGAACAUGAAGCUUCUUAAACCCACAAAUCUUUGCAAGCAGGCAACAUGUUUUUUAAAAAUAAAUCUUCUGAAACCUGCAUGCAUUUUGGCUGACUUUCAAUUGAUAACUUGCAAGUCAUAAUUUUUAAUUUGUAUUUUUAAUUUGAGUUUUAGGUUUUUGUCAUAUGUGUGAUAAAAUUCAGAAGUUCAAUUCAUUAUGUAGCUAAUUAGUAAUGCAGCAAUGUAAAUGUCUGUGACAUCAUAUUAUUUAAAAUAACUUGCAAAACAGGGAAAAUAUUGUUUAUUUUAUUUUUUGUAAACUUUUGACAUGUUUACAACUGAAGAGACCAUAGACAUGGCUUGGUGUACUUUGUGCUAAUUUUUCCCCCUCCUAAAUUCUGCACCAAGCUAAGCUGAAUUUUGCAGUGAAUAAAUUCUGCUGACUAUUAUUUGCUUAUUUUUGCCUACUAUUAUUCUGCUUCUCCAAGGCAUGGAGAGGGGCAAAGGUCUGGGCAGAACAGGGUGACUUCACCCUGGCACCUGGAGAUCCAGCUCAGCCCCUUAUCCUCUGCUCCUCAGAAUUGACUAAGACCACUCAUCCCAUUUCUCAUAUACUUUCAUGCACAUCCUUUCUUUAAGGACUAGAGUGGCCCUCAUAUGAGCUAGAACUGAGAGGUUUUGCUCUUGCAAUCUCUCCCCAUCCCCAACGAGGAAUAUUUCUGAUUGAUUGGUCUCAAAUAUUUGCAGCUCACUUAUCACAUCAUAGUCAAUCUGCCUUGGUCCUUCCACUGAAUCUUCUUCAAUUGUAAGCUCUAUCGUUUCUUUACAAAAACAUUAGCUGAAAGAGACCAAGAAGCCAUUCAUAAAAUGGUAUUUGAGGAAUGAAUGAUUCCUCUGGGAAUCAUGUCUUGAGUGCCUCUUACUCUACAGAAAACUACUGCUUGCUUUCUCGUCAAGUGAUGGGCACCUGAUCCUCCUGCAGCCUUCCUUGUCCUGAAGUGCAUGUCUAUUAUGUUUGUUAUUAAAGGUCCAUGGGUCGGAUUCAGCUAGCCCAUUCCGUCACCGGAAGCCAGUGCAAGGACUCCCACUAGCACAUUGGGGCUUCUCCCUGCUCUUCUCCCCCCCCCCCCCAUACCUUCCUCCAGAUCUGCUCUGCAAGGUCAGUGCAGUGUACAGUGGGAGGAAAGCGGAGAUCAUUCUGUCGGGCAAUAAAUGCUUGUGCUGAUGGAGUGACCUCCAUUGUGCUGUAUUGAAUUCUACCCCACGUUCCUAUUUUUAGCAACAGAGAUGCUUCAGGGAGACCUGCAACUUCAUCCACCUGAGUUCUUUGUGCUUGCUUUCAAAGAUGUGCACAUAGGAUUGCAGCUGAAGGGAGACACAACAGUUUCACUCCCUAUAGCGUUGCUCUCCAAGAUGUCUCUGUUUGGUUUGCAUUAAAAGCAGGAAAAGCAAAACAACAUCAGGGCUACAUAACAGAAGCUUUGGUAUUCCCUGCAGCCAAUUGAUCAGUUUAGUAUACUUUUUCCUGUGCUUUGGGCACCUUCAGAAUGUAUUAGCUGGUGAUGUUAAACUAAAUCCUGGCAAAGGCUCAUUGAAAGCAUCUCUCUGCUUCCUGUUUUGAUGCAGCAACAGGCUAUGUUGAGCACUGGCCAAAGGACAGAGAAACCAAUGUAACUUUAAAUCCUUGAUCGCCGAAGGAGUUUCUUUAAAUACUGCUAUUCUCUAAAUUUGGGUGCAGGGAGCUAGGUGAGGCAGGCAGAAGAUGAGCUAAAAUAAAAAUACCUAUUGGAUUAUGAGAUUGCAGGUGCAAAGCCGGGGGCACUGUCCUUGUAUGACAGUCUGUGGAUCUGCUGAUUGUGUUUCACGGGGAUACUUAGCUCAUUCUCGGGGGAGAAAAUCAGCCCUGACGUCUAAUAUGGAGCUGGUGAAAAAUGAUUUCAGGGGCCUGGAGGAGGCUGGAAGCAACUCUGCGGAAUGCGGCCAGACAUUCCCAGCCUAAGAACCUGUAUGCUGGUAAUUGCCUGGAUAUACUUGCUUGGCUUAACAGACAGGCUGCUAACACUGCCUUGGCAGAGCAAAGGGGAAAAAGGGCCAGCACCACAUUGCCAGGUAUAGGAUUCUCUUGAAGCCAGUUCCUGCAUUACUUGAAUGGCAUUCACUUGCAGAAGUGCAAGGGCCUUCCACAUUCCCUUUGACACGAAAUUGCAGGGGAUCUGAAUCCCAAGGCAUUAUUGCUUCUGUAGGCAAGCACAUUUAAAGUGACAUAAGGACUGACUCUUGGUAAGCACUGCAAGUCAAAAUCAAAAUAGCGUGCAGCUAAUGAAAGACAAUGGGGCAAAAUACACAAGGAAUGGAGUCAGGCAGGAGCUUCAACAAGCACAUUAUAGCCCUCCACCCCCGAUAAUGUGGGACUCACAUAAUUCACUCUCAGGGCUGUGGGCUCAGAAGGUUACUUAUUCAGCACAGCCGAUUUAGCAUUGAUUCCUGUGAACUGCUGCAGCCUGUUCCUAGGUGGCUGAGCUGCUUCCUUUUGGCAGGCCAGCAAGAUCCAUGCAAAUAUCACAUCUGUGGCCUUGUUCUCUGUCUCCAUCCAACUGUGUGAGUGUUUCAGUUACCACUAGCAAACGCAGAGCUUGUAGCAACUAGGCUGCGCCGUCGCCACCAAGCGCCUUACUGUGCCAGGGGAACGGAGAUGGUCUGCCUUGCUCUUGCUCUCUUCCACAUGCAGAGCUGGGCAGAAGCUGGGUCUAUUCUCAUCAAUAGAGCAGAAAUGCAAAGCAGACACUGGCAGCUGUCCGGCUCAGGGCUGGGCAGGAUUUUCUGGGGCAUCCCCUUUCUAUUCCUUGCAUGAGUUUGUAAAACGGGGUGGGCAGGGAGUGGGGGUUAAAACAUGCUUGCUAACUCCUGGUGUAAAUACUUCCUUUUGAGAUGGUUUUUUAGCAUUUUCAUUGGGAACUCCUUUUUUAAAAAGAAUCUUCUACUUUUUGGAUUGUGAUUCCCACCCCCCAUUUUGACAAAAAUGCCUUUUAAUUAUUUGUAUAUUCUUAAAAGUUUGUCUUACUCUGUAAAUAACUGUGCUGGAUAUUUCUUGAGUAUUGGAGUUUAUGGAUCCUGAGACACUUUGUCAUUAGCAAGUAGCAGCUCUUGCCCCCAGGCAAGAUAAACUGCCAAUAAUCCCUUUGCCAAUAAUGCUCCAAUCAGCAACAUGUCUCCAUGCCCACAGCAGUUGGGCUUUACCUUGGCAAGGUUGGUGUGGAAGGCUUGUGACUGAGCACAUCCUGAGAUGUGGACAGAGGGUGCAAUCUGAUCCACAGCUUUGAAGGAAUCUCAGCGGAAACUGGGCCACCCUGAUCAGCAUCCCUAGGGGACUGGCUGUUGUCAAAAUUGCUCGACCCAAAUUUUACAGGAGCUAAUUCAACUACUAAGUUUCCUACGCUCACAACUGGUUAAGUUGGUCCUGUCCUAUUUUCUAGUUCCCCCCUGUCUCCAAGAAAAUCUGUGCAUAGCUGAGGAUCUUGGUCUUCCCCAUUCCCAUGCAUCCCAUGUGUGCUCUCAGCCCAUGCAAAACCCUGCAGCACUUAAUGUACAGCUGGAUUAUUAGUUAUUGCCAGUUCAGCUCAUGCUGAAAUCUCUGUCCAUCAUCCCUUGCUCUCAUGCUUCCUGCAGGGAUCCUAGCUCUGUGUGCACGCAAUUACUUUGGACUGAGUUGUGUGCAACACAGCACUUGUGUAUGGUCUGAAGGCAGUUGAGGCCACAAUCUUGCUGAAACUAAGCAGGUAUGGAUGUGGUCAGUGCAUGGAUGGGUGACCCUCUCCAAACCCCCAUGUAUGUAUGCCACCUUGGGAGGGGUGUCUCAUGAUGGGUGAAAGGUGGCAUAUAAAUGUAAGAAAAAAAUAAUUCUUAUAGAAAGGAUCCUCGGGAGGCAGCAAUUCUGAGUGUCAAAUAAAUAGGAGAGAUGCUUAACCCUCUCCAUUUCAGCUGUCUUCCUGCUCAGAACUGCCUCCUUGCUUUUCCUCAUGAGCAGUUCCAGAUGUAUAUAUACAAGGAUAAAUGAGUAUCUGGAGCACCAUAAGGAUGAAGCAACUUGGGGCAUUUUGAGCAGAGCAGCAAUCCAGUGAAAGGUUUGAGUUCCUUCUCCCGCAACUCUGCAAAAAAUUGCAACUGUCUGAAGAUGGUUUUUUUGGCACUUUACAUAUAAUUUUUCAUUUGCCCAUGACACUGGCUUUGUCAGUAGGGGAGGAGGGGGUGAGGGGUCUGUCUGAAAAAGCUCUGCUUGCCAUUUUCGGUUUGCAACCAUUUCUUCCCAAACUGGGGCAGUCUUCCCACAGAUAACUCUGCCAACUCUUUUUGUCUGUUCUGUCACCUCUUUGCUCACUCUGCAUCUCCCCCCCAGCCCAACUCACAGAUGAAAACAAAACUUCUCCACCCUACACACAAUUAAUAUAUGGAAUUCUCUGUUCCAGUGUGUGCUGGUGGCCACUGUUUAGAUUCAAAAGGCAAUUAAAUGAAUUUGUGAAUGGGGAUCUUUAUAUCAGUGACCGUUAGCCAUAAUGGAACGCCCAUGUGUAGAUGUACUAUGUCACUGAAUACCAGUUGCUGAUGGGAGGGGGGAGCUGUUGCCUUCACCCCCUGCUUAUGGGCAUCCCAUAAUUAUCUGGCUAGCCACUGUGGGAAACAGCACCGGUUUAGAGGGAUAUUUGUCUGAUCCAGCUGGUCUCUUGCGAGUAAGGGUAAAAUAAAUGGCGCCUUAGAGCAGAAAGCAAGCUAGUGUUGAAGGGUUCUUAAGUCAUCACCACUACAACUCUUUACACAUAAGCAGCUUCCCAUAUGAGACUGAGGCAAUAAAUUAAUUGUGUGAGGACUUUGCCGCUUCAACAGUCUGGGGCCGAGUACAUACAAUAAAUUUCCCAAGUCUGAAAGGGCCAUAGAUGCCUGUAUUAUGCACACUUAUCUGCCCCCUUUCCCAUCCUGCUAUAGUAAAAUGGGUUUGCCGGAUUUUUGAAGCACAACAAAACCAAUUCGAACAGAGAUCACAGGAAGUGGCUACUACUAAACCAUAGUUCAGCACUGUGCCCAUGAACAGCAGUGAGCCUCAGGCUCAAGGGCUCCUGCUUCCUCUCUUGUGUUCAGCCAGGAGGAGACAGAAAACUUUCACUUUCAUUUUCAGCUAACCAAUGUUGCUCAUUAUGUCUGAACUGAGAACUGUGGUUUGUGUUAACUGUGAUGUAGGGAAACAAGCUAGGAUAGGUAACUGUGGUUUGAAGACGGCUUAUUUCCCUAAAUCAUAAUUAACGCGAGGCAUGGUUUGUCCAGGUUCGGAGAUAACAACCACAGUUUGUUGAAAAUGGAAAGGAAAGCUUUCAAUCUCCUUAGGCAAUUGCAGCCAAGGAGAGGAGCUCACUGCUACUCAUGUACGUAGCACUGAACGGUGUACUAAUAAGGCCAGUCUGUGUACUGAAGGGCACAAUAAUCACAUACAAAACUAGAAGAAGAGGAACUUUUCCAGAUUACAAUACUAUUAAUCAGUCGGGUGGGUGUGCAUCUAGGUGACCUACUGACAUUGGGUGGGUUUUUUCUCCUGGAAUUUCAUCAUGGCACUACUGUUGAAUGCUGGUCCUAAAUAUAGCUAACCACAAGCAGACCAUACCCUAAGCUUUGUGCCUCCUGCUGGUAGAACAUGGGGCACUUGCAGCUGUCUGGCUUUUAUAGGGAAAUCCUCCCCUCUCGCCUAAUAAAAGGGAGUCAAGUGACAACAGGUGCUCACACUUUAUCAUGUUGCCACCUUAGAAGUGGUCAGGCUAUGGCCAAACUCCUGUUACAACCAUUCCCAUUCCCUAAAAAGAAUAAAGGCAAGGGGGUCUGUCAUGUAAGGGAAGAAUUCCUAGAGCCUCAAGUGGAAACAAGAGUCUAUCCUAGCUUUCAGACUAGACUUUUAAGGAGAGGCAUUUCUCCUCUUACCCUGUUAACUUUCCUAUUCAUACCCAGUUUAAACACAUUUCUGGCAUGUUUUCAAGACAAACUGAUACACACAACGCUGCAUACUGCUAGUGCCAUGAUAUGACUGCUUUUGAUGCCCCUUUCAGGUGUAUGCCAGGGAUCCAUGGCCUGAGUUUAUGAUAAAUGCCUAAGUGACUGGUGCCCUGUUUAAACAGUGAUGUCUGUCUAGUGGAAUGCCAUGUGGGUAAACUCUCGUGUCGUCGUUUUUAAUAUGCUGUCAUCAUUUUUCAACCAGGUCCCAUUCCCUUGGAUUUUGCAAUAUCCCUUCACAGAUUUUCAAACACUUUCCCCCCCUUUUGCUUUCGUUGCAUUACCAAGCACUGAGUCUUGGCCUCAUUUCUUCUGCUGGCCUUUUCUUGCAAUGUUUUGCUUUAAUUGUGCCCUCCCUGCUUCGGCAGGUGCCUCUUCCUUUGUUUUCACUUCCUUGUUUGCAGUGGAGCUUUCCUUCCAUUCUUGAUGUUGCUUCUCUUCUUUCGUUUGAUCAUUUAAUCUUUAUUUGCCUUCCUCUCACUCAGCCUUUGCCAACCUGGUGCCCUCUAGAUGUUUUCAACUCCCAUCUUCCCCCUAGCCAGCAUGGCUGGGGCUGGAGGAAGUUGUAGUCCAAAACACCUGGAAGGCACCAGGUUGGCAAAGGUUGCUGUAGUCCUCUUCCACUUCCCUAAUGUUUUAUGUUCCUUGGCAUGACGUCCCAUUGGCACUCCUCAUCUCCACCAUAAGCACCACUGUGCUGUCUCAGGGCUGAUUCAAAUCACUAAAUUUCACCACAUGAUCCUGUACAUGUAAACUCUCUGAUUGUGGCUGCAUUUUUAGCACACAACUGCAGGGGGAAAUUCAGCAGUGUGAACAGAGCUCUGUAGUCCCCAGCAAUGUAUAUGUCUAAUUUUUAUUUCACAUGCACAUUUCAAUGUUCCAAUUUUAUUAUUUUAAUCCUCAUAUGUUAUGUAUCACAUUCUUCCCUCUGUAUCUUCCUGAAUUGGUCCUGGAUCCACCCCCUCUUAUUUUUCUUCCUGCUAUUCUUCUUCCUUUGUCUUACCAUUCAUCUUUCUUUUUCUGUUGCUGCUUCUCUUUUCUUCAGCCCUUUGUUCCUCUUUGCAACUUUUUAUUUAGCAUUUUCCUUCCACCUCAUAUGCCUUCCAUCCAUUAUUGCUUGACCACCAAUCAUGGUCCUUGGCUUUAAAAUCAUUGUUCUCUAGAAGGUUGAAUCAUUCCUAAUUGGUUUGUGUUUCUUUCAUGUAUACACCUGUAAAUCUGCUCCAUCCAGUUUCCAGAUGAAAUAUGGUGGAUCCCCAACCCUUCCAAAAAUCUGCACCAAUUCUUUCUAUCAUCUAUAUCUAUCUAUCAUCUAUCUAUCAUCUAUCUAUCUAUCUAUCUAUCUAUCUAUCUAUCUAUCUAUCAUCUAUCAUCUAUCAUCUAUCUAUCUAUCUAUCUAUCUAUCUAUCUAUCUAUCUAUCUAUCAUCUAAUGAAGUGGUCCAAGGGCUGAUUUUUGCUCAUUUUUCUCCUUUUAAACAGGUCAUAGCCACCCGGAGCAACUUGUGCCAUACACAUUGAAAACUGAGCUACAAGUGUCCCUGGGAGCAAUGGUACAUAAUAAGAAGUUAUCCCUCCCAGGGAGAUGGUAUGAGGGAAAACAUGGCUACUGCCAUAGGGGUAGCCAUUUUUUGUUUUGCACAAUGGGUCCAUGAGUGAGGUCAUGCUUUUUCCUUCUUAACAGUCUCCCUGGAAAGGAUGGCACAUCAUCACAUCCCCGUUCUCCCAGGGACAUUUGCUGCUCCAUUUUCAACAUAUACAGCCAGAGCCAUGCUUUCUAGCUACUCCAAGUGCCCAUUACCAGUUAAAAA